AUGAUGACCCUCGAGUCCUGAUCUGUGGCGGCUAGUGCGAUGGCGAUCGAAACGGACCUGGUGUCGUUCACGGACAUAACGGAGGAACGCAUGCACGCCUUCUCUCUCACCGACAGCAUCAUGAGUCACCCGGUGGCGAUGCUGCUGCAGACGCCCAAGAUCUUGUCCCGCAAGAUGCUCUUCGUGCAGCCCUUCACCACGCAGGUUUGGGCUCUUGUCCUGAUCAGCAUCCCAGUCGUGAGCGUGGCACUUUGGUUGGUCUACAACUGGUCCCCCGAAGAAGCACCUCGACGCCGAAAAGGGCGUGGUUUGUCAGAGCUCCACAACUGUGCGUGGUACGCUUACGGCGCUCUGUUGCAGCAAGGCGGAGUGCACCUGCCGGUUGGCACCUCUUCGCGCCUGGUGAUGUGCGCCUGGUGGCUGUACGUGGUGAUCGUGAUGGCCUACUACAGCAGCAACCUGAUCGCUUUCCUCACGGUGCCCGAACCGCAGUGGGUCGUCUCCUCUUUUCGGGAAGCCGUGGCGAGAGAGGACAUACACGUCUACAUCCCUCACGGCACGGGUCUGCACCAGGAGAUAAUGAAAUCGUCCAAUGAGCACUUCAUAAGACUUCGGCGGCGACUGGGAGUAACUGCUACGGCGGUGCCUGAUCUCAGAACUAUCAUCGAUCGGGUUGCAACUGGAAAGGCCAUACUUUUAGCGGACAAACAGCUGCUGGAAGCGCUUGUCAUCGCGGAUUACAAAAGUCAGCAAAAGCGGCGCUGUCGCGUCGCUAUCUUCAACGACGACAUCAUGCUCAUCACCAUGGGAAUCAGUGCUCGACGCGGGAGCCCCUUCGUUCAGGCCUUGAAUCGACAUUUCUACCUGCUGCGGACUUCGGGCAACCUACGUUUCCUGCUGAAGAAUCACCGCGAAAAACCGCACGAGUGCUUCCGCAACUACGGAGAGGACACGCGUGGCCUGUCUAAGCCCAUCGGCCUGUCCGAAAUGGAGAGCGCCUUCCUUCUGCUGCUGCUCGGCACCGCCAUCUCCUUGAUGACAGUGCCCGUAGAGUUCGUCGCGCACUGGGCUCGCUCUAGACGCAGAGCACGGAUGCUGAUGCCUUCGGGGACGACCUCGGGCCAUGACAACGGUUGGUGGAUUCCCGACGACAACAAGACUCGCCCUUUUAUCAGCCUGCGACACGGCUGGAAGCGUGCUGAUGAGGCUGUCUGGACCACAGUAGGUCCAGGAGGCCACGUCAUCAGUGACUGCUAUCCAGCGUUCGGCCAGUUCGGCCGUCGGCCCUUGUACGUGAAUCAUGCUCCACCCUUUCCCUUUUACCAACCCUGCUGGGGUGGAACAGCAGCCGCAGAGGAGCCGGCGCAAGGCAAGCGACGGGGACACGUCGUCAUGGUCGGCAACUGGCCAUGA